UUUGCCGCCUCUGCCUUCAAUCACAAUGGGUCCGUUUUCCUCUCCUCAUCGGACAGUCCCGUCGCCGCCGACGAGCUCUGACGGCGAGGCCAAGCGCUGCUCGAUACCCUAACCCCAACCCAGCCAACUCCCAACCCUAAUUCUAACUCCCCCGCCAUGGAGGAUGCCCUCAUGCCGCCGGUGCCUCCUGCCCCUCUUGCGGCAGCCGCCGCCGCCCCAACCAAUCUUUUCCUCACUCGCCGUCGAUCACAUCUCGACAGCGCCUCCUACCGCACGCUCUCUCGGCUCUUCUCCCACUGCCUCCACCUCCACCCUCAGCACCAUGCGGUCCCGGCGCAUCCGGAGGUCCAGACCGCCGCCGCCAACCCUAUCUGCGAUGACUCACAGGGGGGCUCGGUGCCGCCUAAGGACGCCGAGUUUGGGCAUCUAGCAGAGGAGUCGGCUGUAGUAAGCACUUCUGUCCCUGAGGCUCCCGUACCCUCGGUAGCCGCCGGGAACCCUAUUGCCGACCUGGACGUGGCACCACAGGGAUCCGUUGUGGAGCAUGAGGUCGCUGGGGUUGAGCAGGUAGAGGACAUGGUUGUUGUAGGAAGCGCCUGCCGUAAGCCAGGUGCGUUAGUUGACGAGUUCAGCGGUGAAGCUGAACUUGUGGGGGCAGACGAUGUUUUGAGGACGAUGAAGGCUUGUUUGGAGGGGGAGGCUGAGGAAUCGGCAGAGGUAGCGGUCGUCGAUGAUGAUGGACAUCUGCUGCUUGACACAAUGAUGACCAACUUCUCAGGGUUGAUCGGUGAUGCCAGUGGCGGCACAGCAUCCUAUGGGGUUUCUGAAGGUGAGCCACAGAAUGAUGGCAAGAUAGCCGAUGGGGUGACAAAAUUGGGAGUUGGAAUUGAAGAAGACAGACCGUUGGGCAAUUUGGAUCAUCAGUCGAUUAAUGCUGGUGGCGGGUUUGAGGAAGGAGAGAUUGAGGGUGACUUGCAGGAUUUGGACAAUGGAUCUGAUGAUUCGGAGCUUCAAGAUGCAGAUGAUGAGAAAUUACAGGAGGAUUGUGAUACCAGAGGGUCUGGGGAGAAUGAAUCAUCUGGACAUGACACGCGGUGUCUGAAUUUGCUUUCAACGCCUGAAAUCAAAGGGACCAGUGAUCUUAAUCUUAUACUGGACAAGGAAGAUACUAUCAAGGGUGAUGCGCUAAUGCAUGAUCCCAGGACGCAAGUAGUCAGUUACGAUGAAAUUGUGGAAUGGAAUGAGACUCCAGUGCAUGAUGCUGAGGCUCCUAGAGGAGGGGGAAGAAAACGACAUUUGACAGAGGAAAGAAAGGCUAAGAAGACGAAAAAUAAACGAGUUAAGAGAGCACAGCAACGGGUAGCUGAUGGUGUGAAAAGACUGAAACUUGCGCCAAUUAUGAAGCCAAAAGUAGUGAAGUAUUGCCACUUCUACUUGAACGGGAAGUGCCAGCAGGGCAACACUUGCAAGUUCUCCCAUGAUACUACACCUUUGACAAAAUCUAAGCCGUGCACACAUUUUGCACGUGGUUCUUGUUUGAAAGGAGAUGAUUGUCCUUAUGAUCAUGACCUGUCAAAGUACCCUUGCCACAAUUUUGUGGAAAAUGGAACGUGCUUCAGGGGUGAUAAAUGCAAAUUUUCUCAUGUGGUCCCAACUGCAGAUGGUCCUUCCAAAUCGGAUGCAAAGAAAUCUGAUAUGUCAUUGGUGUCUGAAAAAACAAUCAGCAGAGAUCAAACAAGUAGUCAGAAAACAUUGGCAGUGCAUGAUGGUGAACAUGUAACCUCUGCUCCUACCAAACCUAACUCCAUUCUUCAAAACCUUGCCGGCAGCUCAGUAAAUGCUCAAAAAGCAUCAGCUCGUACACCAAAGGGUGUACAGUUUCGUACUUCUAGUAAAGACAGAUCAGAUUAUAGCAUGCUGCAUCAGGAUGCUCCGCCCAUCGAGAAGCGUAUGCUUACAAAUGGCAGUAAAUAUAAGAAUUUUGGUGGGCCACAGGCUGCAGAAGGGGAUAAAAAUGUCAAUCCAAAUAGACAGAGACAGAGCUCAGCGCCACUUCUCGAUGAGAAGAACUCAUUCAAAGAAGAUAGUUCACAUCAAAGGAAAAGUUUGCUUACUGACUCUACUGCAGUGCUUGGAUCAGUAAACACUCAGCACGAAGUUUCAGAGGCUUCUAGAAUUCUGCAGGAAUUCUUGUUUGGUGCUGGCAGUUAGAGGAAACUCAGGAAAGUGUGAAUAUACUACUCUUGGUACCUGUAGACUAUUUCUUUCGUUGUGCAGUAUAUCUGGCUCUUGUCUAGUGAUGAAUUCAUCCGCAUGAGUGUGCGGUUUGUUUUGAUACUUUCGGCCCAGUUUUCUUGUUGUAACUGCACAUUGCAAUUGAUAUAAUCUGGUACGUUAACAGAAAUACAAUAUGAUUUUUUUGUUGCCAAGAAAUUUCACAAAAUUGUUUUUGCAGAACUAGGCUAAGAGUCACAAUGGGUACAUGAAGUUUGAUUAUUGUCAACUCACUUCUGUAAUGUUGGAUGUAAGCUUGCUGGUAUGAUGAAUUCCUUCUUUAAUCCUCCACCUUUCACAUGUGAUUCUUAUGAACCACACUUGGGAAGUUGCUCCGAGUUAAUUGACUCUAGAUUUUGAAAUGUUUCCUUUUCAUAGUUGAUAUGUUAGCAAAAUCUGUUAGUUUGCAAAUAUUUCUUCAUUUCUUUGCGAAAUUUGAGGACGUAGUGUUGAAUCUUGAUACUUGAUUUUUACAGUCUGUUCCAAAUUUUAAGAUGUUGUAGUUUUUCUGAAUCUUAUCUAUCUAGAGGCAUCUCAGUGUGUCUGUUCACUCAUUUCAGUCCGUAUGUAGUCCAUAUUGAAAUAUCGAAAACAUCUUAUAAUUUGGAACUGAGGGAGUAUUCAUAAUGAGGAAUUAUACAUCUCUGGUAAAACAUUUUAUUUUUACUUGUGAUUACUCACUACCUCCCUAGACAUAAGUUUGAGCAUGAGUUUUAUCAUAUUCUUUUGAAACUGUUGGGGCUAAUGGUUUGCUGAAGCAGCUGUUUUGCUUCUCCGGCCACCAUUUAGGAUGGUCUAACAACAUUUUGGAGAUAUUAUGUUUAAAUAAUUUUACUAAUUAAUUCAACUUUAAUUCAUAUGAUACUCCCUCUGUUCUUAUAAGACGUUUUAGCAAUUUUACUACUCCCUCCGAUCCAUAUUAAUUGACUUCAAUAUGGAUGUAUCUAGAACUAAAAUGUGUCUAGAUACAUCCAUAUUAGAGUCAAUUAAUAUGAACCGGAGGGAGUAGUUAAUUCAACUUCACUUCAUAUGAUACUCCCUCUAGUCCUUUUUAUAACAGAGGAAGUAGUAGACAGCUGGUCAAGAUGCAAGUGGUCCGGUUGACCGAACCUGUAUUUUGGCACCAUUAGGGUAGUGGGGCGACCCGCGAAAUUUCAGGUCCAGCGAGGGUAAUACCCUUUCGGCCCUGGGGUCGAACCGUACCUGCACGCUGCUCUUAGCGACAUGAAUGUGCCGCCAAAGGACCAAGAAGCCGCCGGCCGCUGCGAGGCGCGCACAGCGUGGGAGCGCCUAGAGCUUGUCAGAGUAGAGCCUCAACCCCCCGUCAGCUUCUCCACCCUUUGGCUGCUCCCUCCCCUCCUGUCUUCAAGUCGCCCCCACCACUGGAGCAGUGCAAGACGCCCACCGCCGGAGCGCUGCGGUAUGCACUCGCAGCCAAGGGCGCCAUUAGCUCGCGCACCAUGCCGUCCCCUGCCCCUUCUCUUGUAGCUGCUCUCCCCUGUGGCUGCCCCUCCAACCUUGACCUCUCCUCUGUCCUCUCCAUCUGCCGUCGUUGAUACCCAACCGUACAGCAGUCAACCAAGCAUUUAGCUCGUAUGAAAUACAUGGCCGCACGGUACUAGUGCAGAUUCAAUCACUCACACAAACACUCAGGCAAACCAACGCAAACAAAGCUAAGAAUUGCUUAUGGCGCCCACAAAGCACACAGGAGUAGAGCAGGAGGGCCGAACCUCCAAUUCUACUACAGGUACGGUGGUCCAAUAACAGGGCUGGACUGCACCGCUCCCUUUGCAUCUUGAACAGCUGAGAAGGUUUCUUGGUUUGAAUUCUAUGCUCAGAGUUAAAAUGCAAAAAUUUCCUGUUCUUUUUAUUUUCUAAAACGGUCUUUUAUAGCAACCACCCAGGACGGGACCAGACUGGUACUGGUUUUCGCCUGUCCUAUCGGCAGUUAGAAAGUAGCUUUUAUGAAAACACAUUUUUCAUGGCUAUAUAAUUGAAUGUAGUUAAAGUAAUUUCCAUGUGACAAAUCUACUUUUUCACUUUUAGUAGGUUUAUUCUAAAUCGAAGUACUCCCUCCGUCCCAUCAAAAUUGUCUCAACUUUAUCAAAAUUUGGAUGUAUCUAGACACUAUCUAGUAGGUAGAUACAUCCAAAUUUUAACAAAGUUGAGACAGUUUUGGUGGGACGGAGGGAGUAUUAGCCUUUUCAACUCCAUUUUUAAGUGGUUACUGGUUAGUGAAAUUUGAGAGUGACUUCUAUUACAACCUACAGUAGGGUAUGUUCAGUUUAGUUCCUUCUCAAACAAAUCAUCUUAACAUUCGUCCAAGAUAUUUUUGUUUGGAGAAAUACAGUCUAAGGCCUGUAGAAAUAUUGAAUCAGAUCUCGUUAUUUAUUUCCUGGGUCCAUUGGUUGCGUGAUAAGUUUAUCUGCAGCGUUGGCAUGGAAUCUGAUGUAGUUUCUUUAUUUGUAUCAUGGAAAAAUUAAGCUACACUGGCUCACAAGGCGAAAUGCUGGAGAUUUGAUGUCAUUAUUCAGUUCCUAACAAAGGCUGGUUUAUAGGACCUCUUGUCAGGUUGAUUCAGUACGUACACAUUACUUCUGUUGGGCUGUCUAUUAAAAGAUGCUUCCCCAUGGACACGCCCCGUGCAGCAGACGGUGUUUAGCUGCUUUGUUAUAAAAAUUAAGUAUCUACUGUGCUUAUCAGAAGUAGGGAAAAGGAAUAUGUAUGUUUUUCUGCUUUCAGGGCCUCGAGAUUCCUCUGGCAAAGUAAGCGUUACUUUGUUGCCCCGUGAUAAUGGCAGCUAAAGCUUGCAAUUUUAUUCUUGAUCAAUAUGAUUUUAGGCACACCUGAGCCAGAACCAUGGGUCCUCUGCUGGAGACUGGUGUUAGCCUAGUGCAUUGGAUGGUUUGAACUUACAUGCAUUGCAGUGCCUGGGAGGCCAGGAUCUCUUAUCUCUUGGUUCAGAAUUGCUCGUGGAACUCCUCUGGAGUCCGUGGGGCACAAGGACAGGCAGAAUCAAAAGUGUCCCAAGUAUUAGCUGGACUGCGUAUGGUUUAUUGCUUCAUCGGAGGCUUCGCCCCAACCUACCCUGUGCCUACUUGCUGUCGAAGUCUCAGAUGUUAUCGAAUCAAGUUUGAAUUACGUUUCACAUGAUCACUGAGAGAGGCUCACAUGGCAUUUCAUCAUCUCAGGAUUUGCCAUACGAAGGAGACAUCUGAGUUAUGUCUCUCUCUAACCCUGCUACCAGUGGCUCGGUACCGUUACUGUCUAUCUCACUACAUAGUCAGAGUCUUAAUUGCACUGUAUGAUGAUGAUGAUGAUGAUAUAUUUUUUCACCUGAGGUGUAUUUUUGUAUCUUAGUAUUGGGAUAUUUCUGUCACACUCGUGAAAGCAAUUGAUCCCAACCUUUUGCACCUGAA